AUGUCCACUCGGUCUAAUAAAGAUUCGCCGAGGCGUUCAUCAAGACUCAGUCCCACAAAAGCUUUCAGUAAAAAUGAUAAAAAAAUAGAUCUGAAUGUGGAAGAGAAACCUUUUGUUUCGAGUGCAGAAGAAAAUUCAACUUCUAGAAAAAGAGGGCGCGUUUCCCGCUUGUCGCAGUCCUCCACAACCUCGCAACCGGAUAAUGUAAGUAGCCCACAAGCAAGAAAGAGAACACGGACAAAUCAAGUAGAGGAGCCUGUUAUUAAAGAGGAACCACCUUUUAAUGUUGAAUCAUACAGUAAUACCACUAAUAUUGCGAGCACAUCACAACAAGCAAAUAUUGAAUCUGAAUAUGCGGAAAAGAAAACUGGGCGCACCCGCAAGAAGCCUACUGUUGCAGAAGAGCAGUUCAUUCAAAAAGAUUCAAAUGAUUCUGAUGGAGACAAUCAGGGAGUGGGUAGGAGUACAAGGAAACGUGUUCCAAGCAGGAAAUUAAUUGAAAGCCAAAUAGAUGGGGAUUUGCUAAAAACUUCUGGUCGUCAACGAACAAGGUCGAGUAUGUCGGAAAGCUCAACUACAAGAGGGCUUAAAGAGGAGAAAAUCACUGAGAUGGAGCAUAAUCUGAUGUCUCCGGCGGAAAUUCAGAAAAUUGAGUUAGAAUCUGAUGCCGUCACGGAAGUUACUUUCAAGGAUGUCACAGAUAUUGUGGAUAAAACUGAAGAUGUACCAAGUACAUCGAAAAUUAUAGUAGAUGAUUCACAAAAACCUGGGUCUGAUUUGCCAGAGGAACAUCGCCCGAAAGAACGCGCAAGGCCUGUUAUAUUAACUUCUCGUAUUAGAAAUGAAUUUAGGAAAAAUCAUCAGUCACCAGCACAAUAUCAAGGACAAAGUGAUCAACCUCAGGAAUUACUUAAUAUCACAGCUCACGAUGUUCAAGAGGAGAUAAUUUCUAAUAAGAAGCCUCGCACUUACACAGUUAUCGAUGAGAGCGGAAGGGAACUCAUGUAUGAAAUGGGUGACGACGAUUUUGUCGAAGAGGUUGAGUACUCUGAGAUUCCCGAGGGAAUAGAAGUCAUCGAAGAACAAGAAGUACAAUUGGACGAUGAAAAUUCAACUCUACUCCAACAAGAAUCUCCACCUAAUAUAGAAACAACGAGCAAACAGGAACCAAAUGAUCAUCCAGAAGAAGAAGAUGAUGACGCACCUCCCCGUUUAGUACCAGAAUUAGGCCCACAAGAGAGGAGAAGGCAACCCGAUAUGUACAUGGAAAAUGAGAACAUGGUCCGUGUUCAAUCUCCUGGAGGUACUCAGCAGUAUGUUCAUGUUUCCAGAGGUGUUGAUGGAACCGAAAUCUAUUAUGAUGCCAAUGGUGAAGAAGUUCAAAUGGUUGUUGAAGCUGCAACCGAAGAUCUCAGAACGGUUGAAUUCAAUUUCCUAGAUAGCAAAAACAUUUGUUGCGGUCUUUGCGGAGAAAUCGUUCCUUAUGACAAUUUGAUGUCUGUUCAUCUUCCAAAUAUGCAUCCAGAGGUUUUGGGAGAUGGAACCAUGAAUCUUGAGGAAAUACCAUAUGAAACUUGGUUGAGAGACAAACUGUACAUUGAAAAGAAAAAUAUGGAGAGCGGUUUUCGAACAUUCGAUGCUCUUCCAACUGAGGAGAUGAUGAGAGUUAGAGGUCAAAGACCACUGAGAAAAGUCAGUCAGAUUCGUGUCAACCCUGUAGAAAUGACUUUGGGACAACUGGAAAUUGCUCUGAAAAAAAAAAUGAUUGAAAAGAUGGGAAGAAAGGUCCCGGUUUCUCUGGUAGAUAAACAGCAUGCGCGUUGUGGAAUUUGUAAUGCUGUUGUGUCUCUCAACAAAAAGUUCGAGAUUGUACAUCUUGUGAGGCAUUUCAAUGCUUGGCAUCCCUCCGCCCAUCGUUGUGCUGGAACUUGGCAGAAUAGACAGACGCAACCUGGCUGUGGAAAACCAUUAUCUAUUCAAGAUUUCGCUGUCAUUGAUGUCAGUUUGGAGAGCUCAGACAAUUUGCAAUGUAUUUGGUGCGGUAUGUUCAUGGAUAAAAACGCUCUAGCCAUGCAUUUUACCGAAGUUCACCCUGAUGAAAUUGAAGUACCCAAAUGUUUGCUAUGUCUGCAGGAGCUUGUGAUAAAUGCUCGUUUGUUAGAGAAGUAUGGAGAAGAUUUCGAAGUGGUUUUACCUGAUGAAUUCCAUGUAAAGUGCCACAAGUUCGAGCAGACAUAUAGUUCUGAGGCUAUUCUCGAUAAGGCGAUCGGUCGAAGGAUGCAAAAACUGCAAAUGCAGGGUAAUAAUGAGCAUAACGAGGACGACGUGGAUGAUAAUAACUCGGGAAAUUAUAAAGAUUCUUACACAAACAGUCGAAUGCAGUUUGGAAGGAGAAGCAAACCUAAAAGAAGUUUUGUGCAGCCAUGCUUCAGACAAGCGGUACCUACGAACUCUAUGUACGUAGAAGCAGUUUCUGAAUGUCAGUGGAGGUGCAAGUUAUGCCAAGGAAAUAUUUUUGGUGCUGUUAUUUCUGCAGGAGCCAUCAAGCAUUACAAACAACAUCACCCGGGAGAAAUGGAAAAUAUGCAAUAUGAGUUGUGCAAGGCUAGGCUGGAGAGAGUGUCUGAUGGGUGUAUGGAAUUUGUUCAUGCUCAAUUAGUGGAAUGCCUUAUAUGCAAUCUCACAUAUGCUCUUCAUAAGCCGUACAAUAUGUGUAGAGGAAUACGACAUCUAAAAUCUAAACAUCCUGAGAUGAUGCCUGAGUAUACUGGAAACACUAAGCCUCCAAAAUCAGCUGCAUCUGGCUCUCAACGUAGAACAGAUGCUCAACUUGGAGAAGUUAUUGAUGACCCUGAAAUGAUCCAAAGAUUUAAAAGCGAGUAUAAUGUCGAUUUCUCCAAGAUUCAAACAAUGUAUGGUGCGGAUGGUGAGCCGGUGUAUAUAUUACUCGGCGAAGAUGAAGAAAUUGAUCCGGAAACCGCGAGAGAUCUUGCAACUUCUCUAGAUGAAGGCGAAAAUGCUCACCCACAGCCUGCAAACAGGGCUCCUAUUCCUCCUGAUGAUUUCGAUGAAACGGAUCCGUUUGGAGAGAUGGAAGAAGAUGAAGAGUUGGCCGAAAUGGAGAGAAAGAAUGAUUUCGAUAGACAGAGAAAAACUGAUGAUGUACAAAUUAAAACACAAUAUAAUCAAGAGUUGGCUCAAACUUCUGAUUCCACGGGUCGACAUCUGGAAGAACAAAUAGCUUAUGCGGAUGAUGUCGGACAAUAUGAAGAAAUUUAUGAAGAUGAGAAUGUUCAGUACAUUGAGGGAGAAAUCACUGAACAAUACUUAGAGGAGUCACAAAUAGAUUUUAUGGAAGAAACUUACGAAGAACAACCAAAUGUGUAA